AUGAUCAAGAUAUCCCCCGCCAAGAUCCUUGAGCAGCGCUCACAUAUCGUGUCCGGCAAACUCAAAAUCACCGAGUACUUUUUCGAAGUUCCCACGCAUUGGCACAAGCCCGACUCGCGUCCGCUCCGGCUCUUCGCGCGCUCCGCCCGCAAGGCCGAAAAGCCCGCGGACCCCACCAGCUCCAGCGAGGAAGACGAGUCCAAGAAGCAGCUCCCCUGGCUCGUCUACCUCCAGGGCGGGCCCGGCUUCGGGUGCCGCUCGCCGCAGGACGUCGGCUGGACCCAGCAGGUGCUCGACCGCGGCUACCAGGUGCUGAUGCUCGACCAGCGCGGUACUGGACUCAGCUCGCCCGUGUCGGCCAGCACCCUCGGUCUGCGCGGCGACGACGACACCCAGGCUAACUACCUGAAGUCAUUCCGCGCGGAUUCGAUUGUUAGGGAUGCGGAGGCUGUGAGGCUGGCGCUGACGGAGGGGUGGCCUGAGGAGAAGAGGAAGUGGAGUGUCGUGGGCCAGAGCUUCGGCGGGUUUUGCAUCACGACGUAUUUGAGCUUUUAUCCCGAGGGUCUGAGGGAGGCGUUUUACUUUGGAGGCUUGCCGCCGUUGGUGAGCGAUCCGGAUGAGGUGUAUGCGCGGACGUUCCGGAAGUUGAAAGAGCGGAAUGAGGCGUAUUACCAGAAAUAUCCGGAGGACGUGAAGAGAGUGAAGGAUAUCGUGAAGCUGCUGAGAAGGUUCGGGGAUAGCACUGUGAGGCUUUCCGGCGAGGGAAGUUUAUCAGCGAGGAGGUUCAUGCAGCUGGGAAUCAACUUUGGCUUCCACGGCGGAUUCGACAUGAUCCAUGACCUCGUCCUGCGCUGUUCCAACGACCUUUCCGUCUUCGGCCACCUCACUCGCCCCACCACCUCCCUCAUCGAGCAGACCAUGCCCUUCGAUGAUCACAUCAUCUACGCCAUCCUCCACGAACCCAUCUACUGCCAAGGCAAACCAUCCAACUGGUCCGCACACCGUGUCCAACAAGGUCUACAGGAGUUCUCCCUCGACAAGACCGACGACUCGCCCCUCUUCUUCACCGGCGAGAUGGUCUUCCCGUGGAUGCUGACCGACUACACCGAGCUGCGCGCCCUGGCCAACGUCGGUGAGAAGCUCGCCGCCGAAACUGAGUGGCCGCCGCUGUACGACGAGCAACAGCUGGCCCGCAACGAGGUGCCGACCUAUGCCGCCGUGUACAUGGAGGACAUGUACGUCGACUUCAACUUCAGCACCGAGACGGCGAAGAAGAUCAAGGGCUGCAAGACGUUUGUGACGAAUGUCAUGUAUCACGAUGCGGUCAGGAGCAAGAUGGAUGAUGUGUGGAAGAAUAUUUGGGCUUUGAGGGACGAUGUCAUUGAUUAA